AUGGUCUCCUCUAGAGCCUUACGACUGUUCCAGAAUGGAUUGAAUGUCAAAUCGACCUCACAAUGCUCUCGAUAUUGGGCCCCAAAGAAGUCCAGUAAUGCAACAAUUAUCCUCACGCGUUCAUGUGCAUCCUGCGAAAGUCCAUCGAAAGUCGCAAAACCUACCACAACCCUCCCAACCCCAGCAGCUGAUCAUCGGCAGCUAGGAAUUGAACAAGAACUAUUUACUACUUCUCCUUAUAGUCCUGGCUCACCUCUAUUUCUUCCUAAAGGUGCGCGCAUGUUCAAAGCAUUGACCGAAUUUCUCAGUGCACAAUAUUCACAUUUCGGUUUCGAAGAGGUCAUAACACCUACAAUAUAUAAAAAGUCAUUAUGGGAAAAGUCGGGACAUUGGGAGAAUUAUGCCGAAGAUAUGUAUUCAGUAAUUGGUCGUGGUGCGUCAGGAGAAACAGUUGAGGGUCAAAAGGGAGAGAAUGAAGAAUAUGGUUUGAAGCCAAUGAAUUGUCCGGGUCAUUGUUUAAUAUUUGCAUCAAAGCAAAGAAGCUAUCGUGAGAUGCCUAUUAGAUAUACUGAUUUCAGUCCAUUGCACAGGAACGAGAUAUCUGGUGCGUUGAGCGGGUUAACUAGGGUACGAAGAUUCCACCAAGAUGAUGGGCACAUCUUUUGUCGACCUUCACAGAUAAAAGAGGAGAUCUCUAAAACAUUGGAGUUUGUGAAAAUGACGUACAGCACAUUGGGACUUGGGAUGAAUUAUAGAUUGGUGUUGUCUACUCGACCAAGCGAUCACUACAUCGGAACAAAGGAAGAAUGGGAUAAUGCUGAGAAAGCAUUAAAGCAGUCAUUGGAUAACAGUGGUCGAGAAUGGACGAUGAAUGAAGGGGAUGGAGCUUUCUAUGGACCAAAGAUUGACAUCAUUUUGAAAGAUUCUGAUGGAAAAGAGCAUCAAACUGCAACGAUUCAACUUGAUUUUCAGCUACCAAAACGUUUCGAGUUAGAAUAUCAAGCCCCCGCACCAGAGAUUGAAGCAAAGGGAGAGAUUACACAUGACCCUAUUCUGUUGGCUAAGCAAGGACCAGUGACGCCGGUUUUAAUCCAUCGAGCUAUCCUAGGGUCUGUCGAAAGAAUGAUGGCACUUUUAAUAGAACAUUACAAUGGCCGUUGGCCAUUCUGGUUAAACCCUUCUAAAGUCACUAUCCUUACGGUUAAUGAUUCUGAAGUAGUUGUAAAAUACGCGAAAGUGGUCAAAAAACAACUAGCACAUCAUUCACAUCACAACUUAUUCCCAAGAUCGCGUCACGCCGUUGAAAUUCCAAUUGAGCUAGAUGAUAGUCCACGAUCGCUCAAAAAGAAGAUAUCCGAAGCAAAACGGAAACGUUACGGGGCAAUAAUCGUCAUAGGCAACCAAAAUGUUGAUGACAAGACUGUCACAGUUGACUUAUCAGGUAUCCCAGAGAGCGAACACUUGAGCCCGGGAAAGGAUAUUCGGCAGAUCUUGAGCCAAAAUCACACAUUUGAGGAUGGCAAGACAUGGGAAGAACGGUUAAAAACGUUGACUAUUAAUCCUUCGGGGCUUAGGAAUGUGUUUUCAUCACUGCUCCAUCGGUAUAUGUAA